AUGUUUUCCCUUGUGAUUCUCAGAAGAACUCGUGUCUCUCCUCACACACUCACCUCACCCUUCAUCUUUCACACAAAAUCACUGACCCACACAUCAUCAUCAUGUGUGCAGUCCACUGUAAAACAAGUGUGCUCACUUGUAUGCGAUUCUUACGAAGACCACCGCACCAACUCGAGAUUCUCCCUUCUACACCUCCACGUGGACCCCAAUUCCCUUACCCAGGAUCAAGUUGUCACCGUCGUCGCUUCGCUCGCCUCCGACGCCGGUUCAGUGGUGGCCCACAGUUUCUUCAGGUGGGUCAUUGCCUCCUCCAAGUUCCGCCAUUUCACACGCCUCUACAUCGCUUGCGCCGAGUCUUUCAUCGGAAACAGAAAUUUCGAGAUGGCCCAUGACGUGUUGCAAUGUAUGGUGAAGAGUUUCGCCGAAAUUGGAAGGCUUAAAGAGGCCGUGGAAAUGGUCAUUGAAAUGCACAACCAGGGGUUGGUUCCCAGUACGAAAACGCUGAACUGGGUAGUUAGGAUUGUGGUAGAAAUGGGUUUGGUUGCGUAUGCAGAGAACGUGUUUGAUGAAAUGUGCGCGAGAGGGGUGCAACCGAAUUGUGUUAGUUACAGGGUCAUGGUUGUUGGUUGCUGUAGAAUGGGUAAUAUUUUGGAGGUGGAUAAGUGGUUGAGUGCCAUGAUUGAGAGAGGGUUUGUAGUUGAAAGUGGGACGUUUACUUUGGUAGUGAGGGAGUUCUGUGAGAAGGGUUUUGUGACCAGGGCAUUGUGGUAUUUUCGUAGGUUGAGUGAGAUGGGUUUGAGGCCUAAUUUGAUUAAUUUUACCUGUAUGAUCGACGGGUUGUGCAAAAGGGGUAGCGUGAGACAGGCGUUUGAGAUGUUGGAGGAGAUGGUUGGGAAAGGUUGGAAGCCGAAUGUGUACACGCAUACGGCUUUGAUUAAUGGUCUGUGCAAGAAAGGGUGGACUGAGAAGGCGUUUAGAUUGUUUCUCAAGCUUGUUCGAAGCGAGAAUCACAAGCCAAAUGUGUUUACUUAUACUGCCAUGAUUAGUGGGUAUUGCAGGGAUGGGAAAAUGAAUCGGGCUGAGAUGCUGCUGAGCCGGAUGAAGGAGCAGGGAUUGGCACCGAACACAAACACGUAUACGACUCUUGUCGAUGGGCACUGCAAAGCGGGGAAUAUUGAAAGGGCGUAUGACUUAAUGAAUGUGAUGAAUGAAGAAGGUUUUAGUCCCAAUGUGUGUACGUACAAUGCCGUUGUUGACGGACUUUGUAAAAAGGGAAGGGUGCAAGAGGCUUACAAUGUGCUUAAGAGCGGGUUUCGUAAUGGGUUGGAAGCUGAUAAAGUCACUUAUACUAUUCUCAUAUCUGAACAUUGCAAACGGGUGGAGAUUAAGCAAGCGUUGGUGUUGUUCAAUAAAAUGGUCAAGAGUGGUAUUCAACCUGACAUGCAUUCAUACACUACAUUGAUUGCAGUGUUUUGUAGGGAAAAAAGAAUGAAAGAAAGUGAGAAGUUUUUUGAGGAAGCUUUGAGAUUUGGACUUGUUCCUACAAACCACACUUAUACGUCAAUGAUAUGUGGUUAUUGUAGAGAAGGCAAUUUAAGUUUGGCUUUUAAGUUUUUCCAUAGGAUGAGUGGCCAUGGUUGUGUUCCAGAUUCUAUUACAUAUGGUGCUCUUAUAAGUGGGUUGUACAAACAGUCAAAGUUGGAUGAGGCUCUUGGAUUGUAUGAUGCCAUGAUAGAGAAGGGACUUACUCCAUGUGAAGUUACUCGAGUAACGUUGGCUCAUGAAUAUUGCAAGAUAGGUGACAGUUGCUCUGCUAUGAUUGUUCUUGAAAGGCUGGAAAAGAAACACUGGAUCCAGACAGUUAACACUCUGGUAAGGAAGCUAAGUAGCGAACAGAAAGUGGGAAUGGCAGCCUUGUUCUUUCAUAAGUUACUAGACUUGGAUCCUCAUGUCAAUCGUGUAACAGUAGCAGCAUUUAUGACUGCAUGCUACGAAAGCAGUAAUUACGCUCUUGUUUCUGAUUUGUCGUCAAGAAUAUACAAGGAAAACCAUUUGGCAAUCAAAGUGACUAAAUAA